AUAGUACGCUGACUGAGACGUUUUCCCGUUGUUGAAACCUGAACAGUGUACCUGAGCAGUACUCCUUCCUGUUCCUAUCUCUUUUUCAUUUUUUUUAAAGAAACAGGAGCGGUUCGCACGAACGAAGCAACAGUAUUGGAACAGUACACACGCCGUCAUGGCGCUCCAGCUCCUCCGCCAUGCGCUGGUGUCGCUGCUGGUGGUGGCCGUUCACGCGGCCGGCGCGACGCGCGCGGGCGGCGACAUGCACCACCUGCAGAUGGUGACCUCCACCGCCGGCACGGCGCGCGCGGUGGCGUCGUGCGCGAGCUGGCGGCUCGGUGUGGAGACCAACAACAUCCGGGACUGGUACAGCAUCCCCGCCGAGUGCCGGAGCUACGUCCGCGACUACAUGUACGGCGACCUGUUCAGGCAGGACUGCGCGGUGGUGGCAGGCGAGGCCGCCGCCUACGCCGAGGGGCUCGAGCUCGCCGGCGACGGGGAAGAGGUGUGGGUGUUCGACGUCGACGACACCACCCUCACCAACCUCCCCUACUACGCCGACACCGGCUUCGGGGCUGAGCCGUACAACGCCACCUACUUCGACGAGUACGUGGCGAACGCGACGGCGCCGGCGCUGCCGGAGGUGCUGGAGCUGUACGAGAAGCUGCUGUCGCUGGGCAUCAAGGUGGUGUUCAUCACCGGCAGGCACGACGACGAGGAGGCGGCCACCGUCAAGAACCUCCGCAGCGCCGGCUACCACACCUGGGAGAAGCUUGUGCUCAAGCCGUCGUCCCUGGGCUCGUCGGUGGUGCCGUACAAGUCCGGCGAGCGGCAGAAGCUGGUGGACGCCGGGUACCGCAUCGUGGGCAACAUGGGCGACCAGUGGAGCGACCUCACCGGCGCGCCGGAGGGCGACCGCACCUUCAAGGUGCCCGACCCCAUGUACUACGUUGGCUGAAUAAUGCGAGUAUAUAUGCCACGUACUCCAAGCUCCAAUAACAGGCAUCAUGCAGGUAUAUGUCAUGUGAUGCCGAUCGUCAUCAUAUCUUUGACAGCCUCUGUACUUGCGCAGAUGUGAAUGUUUGUUACUCCAAUUUACUACGUGCAAUAAAUCGUAAGCACAUGUGUGCUAAUACUAAUAGAUUGCGUGAUCGAUUCA